CUCUUUGCGCCCGGAUAAGGCGCUGCUCACAUCUCUCCAUUCAAUUCCACUGCCCCAAUUGCAAGCGCCACAUACAAAUCCAUGCCAUUCCACUUCCUCUCGCAGGAGAAACAUUGCACCUCUGACUGUCCGUGAUCUGGUAGGAGUCCCAGUCCCUCUCUCCUAAUCUUGCUUCCGUUGCCAUGCAUAGCAAUCGUAAUUUGAAUGUUCUUAAGUUUAGCAGCCUGAGUAAGCCGUGGGGCUGAAUUCGGAGCUCGAAAUCUGAGUGUGUGGUUAACACAGCAGACGAGACGUAGUCGGGAUCGGGUUCCGGAGGUGGUUGUUUUCGUGCAUGGUUACUUCAGAUUCGAUUGUCGAAAAGAAUUGCACGAGGUUGGGCUGUUAGGCGUGAAGCCUGCAUUGAUUAACUUCAGGGGUAGUCUGCACGUGGGCUUCGAACCAAUAAAGAAUUGGCGGAUGGUGAGGGCUUUGUAACCACGAGACAUCAUCCUUUUAUCGCUCGACCUGCGUUGAAAGGCUGCAUCACACUAGGGAUACAGCCGGCGAAUUUCUCACGACUUCCACCAUGUCGAUUGCCGAGGUUACCAACGUGACCGAGUAUGAGGAGCUCGCAAGGCAGAAGCUGCCGAAGAUGGUCUAUGACUACUAUGCUUCGGGCGCUGAGGACCAGUGGACCUUGAAAGAGAACCGCAGCGCCUUCGAGCGCAUCAGAUUCCGGCCACGCAUUCUUAUCGACGUGACCAAGGUGGAUCUGAGCACCAAUGUGUUGGGCUUCAACAUCUCCAUGCCCAUCAUGGUCGCACCCACCGCCAUGCAAAGGAUGGCUCACCCAGAGGGAGAAUUGGCCACCGCAAGGGCUGUUGCCAAGGCCGGGACGAUCAUGACGCUUUCGUCGUGGGCCACCAGCAGUGUGGAGGAGGUUGCCUCCGUUGGACCAGGCAUCCGCUUCUUCCAGCUCUACGUCUACAAGGACCGAAACGUCGUCGCCCAGCUGGUGCGUCGUGCCGAGCGAGCCGGCUUCAAGGCUAUUGCUCUGACCGUCGACACACCUCGCCUUGGACGCCGUGAGGCCGACAUCAAGAACAAAUUCGUGUUGCCGAGCCACCUGACUCUCGCUAACUUUGAGGGCUUGGACCUGGGCAAGAUGGACAAGACUGCGGACUCAGGAUUGGCUUCCUACGUCGCUGGUCAGAUCGAUAGGUCCUUGACCUGGAAGGAUGUGAAGUGGCUGCAGACCAUCACCAGCCUCCCGAUUCUUGUGAAGGGAGUCAUUACCGCCGAAGACACGGAGCUUGCUGUCCAACACGGAGCUGCAGGUAUCAUUGUGUCUAACCACGGUGCUCGCCAGCUCGACUACGUCUCUGCUACCAUCUCGGCUCUUGAGGAGGUGGUGCAAGCAGCCCGGGGCAGGCUUCCCGUCUUCCUCGACGGAGGUGUCCGACGUGGUACCGAUGUUCUCAAGGCUCUUGCUCUCGGAGCAUCCGGUGUCUUCAUCGGAAGGCCCGUAGUGUUCGGCUUGGCAACAGACGGCCAAAAGGGAGUGGAGAAUGUGCUGCAGAUGCUGAGAAGUGAGUUCGAGUUGGCCAUGGCGCUAGCAGGCUGCACCAAAGUGUCAGACAUCAAGCGCUGCCACAUCCAAACCGAGGCUGAGCGCAUUCACUCCAAGCUUUGAACAAUGCAUAUGCACAUUCAACUACCUUGCCAAUUCGGCGACUAAACUUGUACAAUCGAUCCAAUUGUGGAUUUCUACAUGCUAGCUCAGAGAAAUUAUUCUUAGAGGGAGUGUGAAGCAUUUCGGAACUGAAACAAGUGUCUCUUCGGGAAAUCGGUUGUUUUCUAUUUGUUAGACUACAGAGAGUAAAGUUACUGUCAGCUGGAAAACUUGCACCCGACUUCCUUACGCAAUUGGCGAUCCAAUGAAUACUAUGUAUUAGAAGUAUCUUUGUCAUUUUCUA